AUUAGAAAAUUUCUAUGGUCGCAUAUAUCUCCAUCAAACACAAAAGAAAACCGUUGUUACUUUUCAAACUAUCAAUGGAAGGCUCUCUCAUACGUAUCUCUUGUUUCCUUUCUACGACCCCUACCACCACCACAACCACCGCCAAGACCACCACCACUACCCAUCCAACUGCGAUCCAAUCUUAUUUCAAAACCUCAAAAACCCGACCCCAUAAAUCAAACUCAAACGUAAUCCUAUGUUGCCAAAGUCCAAACUACAUCCCUAACCAUAUUCAAGACCCUAACCGAGUACGCAUCUUGGAUACCACCCUACGUGAUGGUGAACAAGCACCGGGUGCCUCUAUGUCCCCUAAGCAAAAGCUUGACAUAGCUCAUCAACUUGCAAAACUCGGUGUUGACAUCAUUGAAGUAGGGUUUCCUGCUUCCAACAAAGCCGAUCUAGAAACUGUUAAGUUGAUUGCAUGUGAGGUUGGGAAUGCUGAGGUUAAUCAAAAUGGUCGUAUACCAGUUAUAUGUGGUCUAGCAAGAUGCAAUAAGAAUGAUAUCGAUAAAGCAUGGGAAGCUGUGAAAUAUGCCAAAUUCCCAAGGAUACAUAUUUUUAUAGCAACAAGUGAGAUUCAUAUGAAGUAUAAGUUAAAGAUGUCGAAAGAAGAUGUGAUUGAAAAAGCGAGGACCAUGGUUGCAUACGCUCGAAGUUUGGGCUGUAAUGACGUUCAAUUUAGCCCGGAAGAUGCUGGAAGAUCUGAUAGAGAAUUUUUAUAUGAGGUCCUAGGUGAGGCUGUUAAAGCGGGUGCAACUACUCUUUGCAUUCCUGAUACAGUUGGCUAUAAUUGGCCUCGUGAAUUUGGGCAGCUUAUUGCUGACAUAAAAGCCAACACCCCUGGAAUUCAGAAUGUCAUCAUUUCUACCCACUGCCAUAAUGACCUUGGACUUGCUACUGCCAAUACUUUAGAGGGAGCUUAUUCGGGUGCAAGACAAUUAGAAGUAACAAUAAAUGGAAUCGGAGAGAGAGCUGGAAAUGCUUCUUUUGAAGAGGUGGUAAUGACUAUAAAAAGCAAAGGUGAAUUAUUGGGUGGUCUUUACACUGACAUCAAAACAGAACAUAUUGUCAUGGCUAGCAAGAUGGUGGAAGAAUACAGUGGACUAAUGGUGCAACCACAUAAGGCUAUUGUUGGUGCUAAUGCAUUCGCUCAUGAAAGUGGAAUCCAUCAGGAUGGGGUCUUAAAGAACAAAAGCACUUAUGAAAUCAUGUCUCCUGAAGAUAUAGGACUUCACCGAUCUAAUGAGUCUGGACUUACACUUGGAAAACUUAGUGGUCGCCAUGCUCUAAAAGCUAAACUUUUUGAGCUUGGUUAUAAAUUUGAGGGAAAUGAACUUAAUGAUCUUUUUUGGCGCUUUAAAUCCGUAGCUGAAAUGAAAAAGGUUAUCACUGAUGACGACCUAAUAACAUUGGUAUCAAAAUGAGGCAUUGGUAUUUACACAUAGACACAUAGUUAUUCUUUAGGCCCUAUUCUAUGACCUUAUCACCGGACUCUUACACAUUUAUGUCUUGGUUUUGUUGAUGAUCAGUGCAUUGAAAACAAGGUUAGAGAUUAUUUUGUGCCAUAAUUAAACAUGAAGAGAUUAUUUUGUGCCAUAAUUAAACAUGAAGAAACAAUAUGAUAUAAGUCAGAAUUUACUGGUAUGCCAUUAACUUUUAAAGGAUGUAAUUAAGGAUUGGGCUUAAAUUUGUUACUUAAUAGCUAUAAAAUUUCGAAAUUGUA